GUAUGCAGCAUGUAUGAUGGACCAUGCUCUGUGCAAAGGAGAGGUUCUACAGAACAAUAGUUCUCUCCAGGCUCUGGUUGCUGGACUCAAAGCCUACAGUACCUGGGAGAACCUCGCCUGCCUUCAAGAGUGCCGAGAGUGCACCGGGGGCAUGGUGUGUGUGUGCGUUUGCUUGUAUGUCUGAGUGUGCAUGCCUGCAUGCAUACAUGUGUAUGUGACGCAUAUUAUUCCAGUCCUAUUUAAAAUACCACAACUCCCCAGUCAUCUGCUAACCAUAUUGCUUUCAUUUAAAGACCAGGUCCAUUGUCUAGUUCUGGAUCUUGUUUUUGGAUGAUGGUGUCUCUUUCCCCACCUCUGACACUGUGACCAUGUCCAUGUAGAGUGCAGAGGGUUCUUGGAGGUCAUUUCUGUCUACUCAUUCAGUGGAUACAAUACUGCUGUUGUAGGGGAUAGUUUCAUUGUAAUAAGUCUAAUGCUGUGAUGAAUAGGUUUGAGUGUUUCUCGUUGAGGUGAUCUAAGGGCAACUUGGGAAACCACAACGCUGCACCUUGUCAUGUGGGAGUGCUCGCAUCUCUUGAGUGUCUGAUCCUACACAGACCGCACUUUGUAGUGACACCAUCUGACUUUUACCUGCUUAUUUCACUGCUUUCAAAAGUGAAGCUGUUUUGAAAUAGUUUUUUAAAAUUAUUUAUGAAACAACAAUGAACAUGUUUGAGUCUCAUUUCUCAAGUCAGAAUAUUCUUUAGAUAUUGUAGGAAUGAUUUCUGACUUAUAGUUAUUAUUCUUUACAACGUGACUCCUACACCGUUUAAACUAGAAACGCUGUUCAAACUUUAAAACGUGUAGACUGGUCUGGAAUAUUGUGCUUGCAUACAAGUUUUUGUCCUUUUUAAUGUCCUCCAUUCACUUUCAUGGGAGUUCCUCAGCAUUUUAAAGGUCCCAUUGUGACGUCAUCACUCCCCAACAACUUUUGACACAAAUCAGCUACUUUGACCACUUUCCCAACAACUGAGAUGAAAAGUUAGUGGGUGAAAUCUUCUUCUACUUCUCUGCUGUUCACAUCUGAAAUCAGAAUCGAAUGAUCUGGUACCGAUCAAACGUUACAGCUGUUUAAGUAACCGCAUCAACAACAUUUCCUCUAACAUUUUAUAAACAACUGACAUUUUUACCACUUUCCCAACAAGUUAGACAAGAAGUUGAAGGGUAUGACAUUUUCGUCUGCUUCUCUGCUGUUCAAAUCUGAAGUCGGAACAAAUAUGUAUCCUACCGAUCAAACGUUACAGCUGUUUUAGUAACCGCAUUAGCAAACCAAAUAUCGAACUUUUUACAAACAACUUAAUUUCUUUCCACCUUCCCAGCACUUUAGACAAACACGUAGAGGCUAUGACAUCUUGGUCUACUUCUCUGCUAUUCAAAUCUGGAAUCAGAACAGAAUAAUCUUCUACCAAUCAAAAAUGACAGCUCUUUUAGUAACGGCAUCAACUACUUUUCGUCUCAACUUUUACAAACAACUGAAUCUUUGACCACAUACCCAUCACUUUAGACAAAAACUUAAAGGGUAUGACAUCUUGAUCUAAUUCUCUGCUAUUUAAAUCAGAACAUAAUUAUCUACUACCAAUCAAGAGGUACAGCUGUUUUAGUAACCACAUCACCUCAUUUAGCUACCUUCACACUGUUGAAUUAAAUGCCAUGGAACUUUUCAGAACUUUCAAAUGUAACAAUGGGGGAGCACAUAAGACUUAUUAUGCCACACAGCUCACUCCAACCCACCACUGUUUGUCUACAUUUAGUUAUCGUUUACCUUUUAGUACUUGUCUGUAGGCUGCCUUGCACAGUCCUAAACCCUCAUUCAGCUGGCGGCACUGAUGUGCAGUUCUGUGCUCACCACCCACCAGAACCAAGGAAUUUUCUGAAAUUCCUUGACUAGUACGCAGAAGUAGGAUUGGAGACGCCUUUGUUUUGAUUUCAAACAUUCUUUGUGUGGAGUAAAGAAAGACAUACUGACUUACACAACACACUGACAACUCUCAUUCGACCGAAAAUGUCCAUUCAUCCAUAUUCCAUAACUUACUUUAUCUUUGCAUUUAUCCCUUCAUCCUUCCAUCCAUUAGGUAUUUCAUCCUGUGUCCUUACUUUAUGUAUCUAUCCAUUUAUUUAUAUAUCCUCUUUAUUGAUCUAUCCAUCCAGUCAUAACUUUCUUUUAACGGCUUUAUCAUUUGGUUAUGAAAUAAAUGUAUGGUUGAAGGGAGGUUACUAUAGCUAAAAUAAACUUCUAAACUUCCACUAGAGGCACCAUCAUAUUUCUCUCCCCAAAUGAUAGCCUAAAACCUUUCUAAUUCCUUAUGAGUAAUUAUUACAGUUUGCAUAUACUGUGGUUUUAAAAGUGUAAUAGUCUUAUUUGUGAUUAAUUAUGUGAUCCAACUGCCCCACACUCAAAAGUCAUAAGGUUGAUAUAGUAGUCUCAAAGUAAUCAGACCAGAUAUUUUAAUAUAUUUAACCGCUUCACUUAAGUAAAAGGUUUUAAACUUCUGCCACUACCAGAAAAUACUUUCAAAGAGCUGAAGCAAGUCACACAAUUUUUCUUCAUGUAAAAUUGCCAACUAGUGUUGAUCUAUUAUUUAUUGGUCGACAUAUAAGUCGACAACCCUGCUGGUCCCUCUACCAUGAUUUGUGGAAUUGGGUGUUCUAGUGCUGCAUUGAAAUCCUACAUAAUCUGUGGCAUUUUAGGACCAGGGUUGUUGACCACUAAUUUCAUUUAUAUACAUGAAUUGGACAUGUGAAUGUGAAACCCAUCACUACUGUAUAUAAAUUAAGUGUGUCUUUAUAUCGGUGGAUAACAUGUUUCUCUGUGUUCUGACCUCUGUUAGGGUUUUAUGAUGGAGAACCGAAUCCCUGCUCUGAAGUGUGACUCUGAUGUCUUUGUCACAUUUGAAGGGGACAACGUCGUCAUGUUACAGGUAAAAGAGCCAAAGCAAAGAGGGCAAAGUCCUCUUCAAUAUUUUACUCAUGUGACGAGUGUCAGUGUAAUGCGGUGGAUCGAAGUCAGGCGCAGGACACAGAACUCGAAGAAACGUACUUUACUGAAAUUAGUAAGGAAUACAACACAGAAAUAUCUCCACACAGGGAGGAACUAACCCGCUCACCAAUGACACACGAAACGAAAAACAACCACGCACAAAACACAUUGGGAGCCACUGGGUUAAAUAGGGAAGGCGUGAUUACAAUAAUGGGCAACAGGUGUGUAACAAUAGACAACAGGUGCAACAUAGAAAAUAGAUCGACAGCAGCUAGUAUUCCGGUGACGACGAACGCCGAAGCCUGCCCGAGCAAGGAGGAGGGGCAGCCUCAGCAGAAUCCUUGACAGUACCCCCCCCCCCCCCCCCCCCCCCCCCCGACGCGCGGCUCCAGCCGUGCGUCGACACUGGCCUCGGGGACACGGCACGGGGCGAGUCGAAUGACUACGGUGGAAAUCCCUCAACAUGGAGGGAUCGAGGAUGUCCCUCCUAGGGACCCAGCACCGCUCCUCCGGACCGUACCCCUCCCACUCCACGAGAUACUGCAGGCCUCCCACCCGACGCCUCAAAUCUAAGAUGGAACGGACCGAGUACGCCGGUGCCCCCUCGAUGUCCAGUGGGGGCGGAGGAACCUCCCGUAUCUCAGACUCCUGGAGUGGACCAGCUACCACCGGCCUGAGGAGAGACACAUGGAACGAGGGGUUAAUACGAUACUCAGGAGGAAGCUGUAACCUAUAACAUACCUCGUUCAAUCUCCUCAGGACUUUGAAUGGCCCCACAAACCGCCGACCCAGCUUCCGGCAGGGCAGGCGAAGGGGCAGGUAGGUUUCGGGUCAAGAGCCAGACCCGGUCCCCCGGUGCAUACACCAGAGCCUCACUGCGGUGGCGCUCGCCUUCUGCCGCCCGAUGGCCCACUGCAGGCGCACAUGGGCAGCGUUCCAGGUCUCCUGUGAGUGCCGAAACCAUUCAUCCACCGCAGGUGCCUCGAUCUGGCUCUGAUGCCAAGGUGCCAGAACCGGCUGAUAACCUAAUACACACUGGAAUGGAGUAAGGUUAGUGGAGGAGUGGCGGAGGGAGUUUUGGGCCAUCUCUGCCCAGGGGAGGAAAACCGACCACUCCCCCCGCCGGUCCUGGCAAAACGACCUCAGAAACCUACCCACCUCCUGGUUGACUCUCUCCACCUGCCCGUUACUUUCGGGGUGAAACCCUGAGGUCAGGCUGACCGAGACUCCCAGACGUUCCAUGAACGCCCUCCAAACCCUCGAGGUGAACUGGGAACCCCGAUCAGACACUAUAUCCUCAGGUAUCCCAUAGUGCCGGAAGACGUGUGUAAAUAGGGCCUCAGCAGUCUGUAGGGCCGUAGGGAGACCGGGCAGAGGAAUGAGGCAGCAGGACUUAGAAAACCGAUCCACAACGACCAGGAUCGUGGUAUUCCCUUGUGAGGGGGAAAGAUCCGUCACGAAAUCCACCGAUAGGUGGGACCACGGUCGUUGUGGAACGGGUAGGGGUUGCAAUCUCCCUCUGGGCAGGUGUCUAAGAGCCUUACACUGGGCGCACACCGAGCAGGAGGAAACAUAAACCCUCACGCCCUUAGCUAAGGUGGGCCACCAGUACUUCCCACUAAGACAAUGCACUGUCCGACUGAUACCAGGAUGACCAGAGGAGGGUGACGUGUGAGCCCAAUAGAUCAAACGAUUGCGGACCUCCAGCGGGACGUACACACAACCCUCUGGACACUGGGGAGGAGUGGGUUCGUUACGCAACGCCCGCUCGAUGUCCGCGUCCACCUCCCACACCACCGGUGCCACCAGACACGACGCCGGAAGUAUGAGAGUGGGCUCCACGGAACUCUCCUCCGUGUCAUACAGUCGGGACAGAGCAUCUGCCUUAGCGUUCUGGGAACCUGGCCUGUACGAAAGGGUGAAACAAAAACGAGUGAGAAACAUUGACCACCUUGCCUGGCGAGGGUUUAAUCUCUUCGCCGCUCGGAUGUACUCCAGAUUGCGGUGGUCAGUCAAAAUGAGAAAAGGGUGGUUAGCCCCCUCAAGCCAAUGUCUCCACGCUUUCAGGGCUUGGACCACGGCCAACAGCUCCCGGUCCCCCACAUCAUAGUUGCGCUCCGCCGGACUGAGCUUCUUAGAAAAGAACGCACAGGGGCGGAGCUCGGGUGGUGUGCCCGAGCGCUGGGAAAGUACCGCACCUAUCCCAGCCUCCGACGCGUCCACCUCAACCGUGAAGGCCAAGGAGGGAUCAGGAUGAGCCAGCACUGGAGCCGAGGUAAACAGGUUCUUCAGAUGAUUGAACGCCCUGUCCGCCUCAGCUGACCACCGCAGACGCACCGGUCCCCCCUUCAGCAACGAGGUAAUGGGAGCCGCUACCUGACCAAAGCCCCGGAUAAACCUCCGGUAGUAAUUGGCAAAUCCCAAAAAUUGCUGGACCUCCUUCACCGUAUUUGGAGUCGGCCAAUUACGCACGGCCGAAAUGCGGUCACUUUCCAUCUUCACCCCAGACGCGGACAUGUGGUACCCUAGGAAGGAGAUGGACUCCUGAAAGAACAGGCAUUUCUCCGCCUUGGCAUACAGGUCAUGCUUCAACAGUCGUCCAAGUACUUUACGCACCAGGGACACAUGCUCGGCCCGUGUAGCGGAGUAUAUGAGAAUGUCAUCAAUAUACACCACUACACCCUGUCCGUGCAGAUCCCUGAAAAUCUCAUCGACAAAGGCUUGGAAGACUGAUGGAGCAUUCAUCAACCUGUCUGGCAUUACGAUGUACUCAUAGUGUCCUGAGGUAGUGCUGAAAGCCGUCUUCCACUCAUCUCCCUCCCGAAUACGCACCAGAUUGUACACGCUCCUGAGAUCCAAUUUCGUGAAGAAGCGCGCCCCGUGCAGUGAUUCCGUCAUACAUGCGAUCAGAGGUAAGGGAUAGCUGUACUUGACAGUGAUCUGAUUAAGCCCACGGUAAUCAAUGCACGGGCGUAACCCACCAUCCUUCUUCUUCACGAAAAUUAACUUGAGGAAACAGGUGAAGUGGAAGGCCGAAUGUAUCCCUGUCUCAGAGAUUCGGAGACAUAUGUUUCCAUAGCCACCUUCUCCGCCUGUGACAGAGGAUACACGUGACUCCGGGGAAAUGCAGCGCCUACCUGGAGAUUUAUCGCACAAUCCCCCGGACGAUGGGGUGGUAAUUUAGUCGCCCUCUUCUUACUGAAGGCGAGAGCCAAAUCGGCAUACUCAGAAAGAAUGUGCACUGUAGAGACCUGGUUUAGACUCUCCACCGUAGUAGCCCCCAAGGAAACCCCUACACACUUCCCUGAGCACUGACUGGACCAUCCCUUGAGAGCCCUCUGUUGCCAGGAAAUAGUGGGAUCAUGAGUGGUUAACCAGGGAAGUCCCAACACCACAGGAUACGCAGGAGAAUCAAUCAGAUAGAGACUAAUCCUCUCCUCAUGACCCCCCUGUGUCCUCAUUAAGAGUGGUGCGGUAACCUCCCUGAUUAGACCUGACCCUAACGGGCGACUAUCUAAUGUGUGGACAGGAAAGGGCACAUCAACACGAACAGUAGGAAUCCCUAACCUAUGAGAAUAUUGACGAUCAAUAAAAUUCCCAGCUGCGCCUGAAUCUACUAGCGCCUUUUAUGCUGGGAAUGAGGAGAAAACUCCGGAAACACAACCUCUAUACACAACUGACCAACAGGGAGCUCUGGGUGAGUCGGGUGCCUACACACCUGCGAUGGUCGACCAGUGCUCUGCUUACUGCCUCGACUCCCUGGGGAGCCUCCCCAGCACCGACCCGCAGUGUGUCCUCUGCGGCCACAGUUGGUGCAGGGGACGGCCCCUCUCCUGGUCUCCCUAAGCGCAGCACCUCCGCGCUCCAUGGGGGUAGAGUAGGAGGUGCUGGGGGAUGGAAUGAAUGGGCCCUGAUCAGAACGUCCGCGGGUCUCCAACAGGUUAUCCAGCCUGAUGGACAUCUCCACCAGUUGGUCCAGGUUGAGAUUGGUAUCCCUGCAGGCCAGUUCCCACCGAACGUCCUCCCUUAGGCUGCAACGAUAGUGGUCGAUCAGGGCCCUCUCAUUCCAUCCAGCGCUGGCUGCCAACGUCCUGAACUCCAGCGCAAAAUCCUGGGCGCUCUUCCUCUCCUGUCGUAGGUGGAACAGACGCUCGCCCGCCGCUCUCCCCUCCGGUGGAUGAUCGAAUACCGCCCGGAAGCGGCGGGUGAAAUCCUCGUAGUGGACCGAUGCAGCGUCAAUUCCUCCCCACUCGGCGUUGGCCCACUCGAGCGCCUUCCCCGACAGACAGGAGAUGAGGGUGGAUACGCUCUCGUAUCCAGAGGGCGCCAGGUGAAUGGAUGCCAGGUAGAGCUCUACCUGGAGAAGGAAACCCUGACACCCGGCUGGUGUACCGUCAUAUGCCCUCGGGAGCGAGAGCCGAAUCCCACUGGGUCCAGGUGGCGAAGGGGUGGACUGUGGUAUGGGUGGUAGAGUGGUUGGAGGAGGUGUGGGAAGGCCACCUCUCUCCCAACGGUCCAUAGUAUUCAUCACCCUCUCCAUGGCGGUGCCGAGAGCCUGGAUGAUACUCUCCUGUCGUUGAAAUCGUUCCUCCAUCGAUUCGGACUGACUGGCUGUACCUGCUGACUCCAUAAAUGGUGCGUGGUUCUGUCACGAGUGUCAGUGUAAUGCGGUGGAUCGAAGUCAGGCGCAGGACACAGAACUCGAAGAAACGUACUUUACUGAAAUGAGUAAAGAAUACAACACAGAAAUACCUCCACACAGGGAGGAACUAACCCGCUCACCAACGACACACGAAACGAAAAACAACCACGCACAAAACACAUUGGGAGCCACUGGGUUAAAUAGGGAAGGCGUGAUUACAAUAAUGGGCAACAGGUGUGUGACAAUAGACAACAGGUGCAACAUAGAAACAUAGAACAUAGAUCGGCAGCAGCUAGUAUUCCGGUGACGACGAACGCCGCAGCCUGCCCGAGCAAGGAGGAGGGGCAGCCAUAUUAUGUUGUUUUUGCUGUUGAUCACACUUUUGAUGUGAAAUGUUUUAAACUGUUAAUGUGAUUUUCACAUUUACUGUAUACUAAUCAUGGCUCCUAGACAGACAAGUUGAUAGAGUUCACAGAGUCUGCCUUUGUUUCUCAAAACUGUUAGAUGAACCUUACAGUUUUGGCAAAAACUAUAGACUGACAUUUUCUAGAGCAGAGCCCCUGCAACUUGAUAAGGGGAUUGUGCUUUGAGAGAAUUUCAUUAGGAUGUGUUUUCACACAAUUGGUUAUUGGAUAUUAUUAUUUUGUCUUAUUGGGGAUGAGGGGGAUUUCUCCUUGUUUGCGAGUGUAGAGUGGAACUACGAAGCAAGUGAUGAGUGUACUACACACACACACACACACACAACUCUGAAGUCUGAGAGAAUAGGAUACAGUGCUGUUGAGGCAGAGGGAGACUCAGAAAUCAGAUUAGCUCAUCCUAAACGAGAAUUAUUCGCAGACCCUGGGAAAUAUUCAUAAACCAUCAAGUGGAUAGUGAAAUCAUUGUCCCAGUUUGAUUUCAUUAUGGAGGAUAUCUCUGUAGACAGGUGGUUAAUUUGUAUUUACAAGGGUGUGACUGUGAACAUGAAGGUGGUUUUGUGUCAGACCAACUAUUGUACAAUCAUAUGUUCUUAUCCUUUCGACAUUGUUGUACAGUAUAACUAUUUUAUUUUGCUUCAUAUACAUCAAAGGACAUGUAGUGCAAAGUCAAGUAUGAAAAAUCGCAGAGGGAACUUGAAGUCAAGCACAGUGUCAAGUCAGACAUUUUUAUCUGCCUGAAUCUUGGCAACUGAAGUGUCUGUCUGCCUGGGCUGCAGUCACAAGGAGAGAGGAGGCUCUGCCAGCUGAACUCAACUCAACCCUCCACCACCAGUGUCCCCACUGCACCCCUAAUGAAGAUGACAGUCCCCAACCACAUUUAAUCAGUUUACAACUGACCUGAAAGCAUGAAUAAGGCCAUACAAAAACUAAUUGUUAGAUAUUACUUGUUAGAUAUUACUGUACUGUCGGAGCUAGAAGCACAAGCAUUUUGCUACACCCGAUAUAACAUCUGCUAAACACGUGUAUGUGACAAAUACAAUUUGAUUUGAUCCAAUCACAGCUGACCCAAACUGACAUUUUACCCAAAUUGAAACAUGAAGGGUGUGCCAGAUUGUAUAGGAUCUCUCUUUUACAGUUCCAAAAGUGGAUUUCCCCAUUUAUGACAUUGCUAGUGUUUCACCUAUCAUGAGAUGGCAAUUAACAUCCAGCUCUACAUUGAAAGACUGGUUAUGCUACUGUAUGAGCAGUUAAAAUAUGUAUUGUUGCUAGGUAUAGACCACUUCAGUUCAGUUUAGCUUCCCCCAGCCUUUGUUUUUCACAAUGAAUGUUGACAAGCAGGACAUCUAUACAUUUAUCUAGAUAAAUCCUGAUCAUCCACCAUUGUCCCCAUUCUUAAAUACAUGUAGCUGUACUAGUACAACAGAGGUUUGCAUGUUUGACAACUCAGCAUUCAAGCACUCAACCUUUGACCUCUGACCUGUCCCAGGUGGUGGUAAAGGAGCUCAUGACCCAGUUCACCAGGCAGCUGGGAAACAGUGUGGUGGGCGGACUCAUCAAAACCUGGACCAGCUCA